CAGUUGGAGGAAGUUGUGCAACCGGUGAAACCACCGCGGAGAGAGUUGAGGAAUCAAGGAAGGGUCACAUGAGCCUUCCCGGAAACUUCUCCGGGAUUUUAUUAGUGCAACUUUUGUCUCCCGCCCGGUGAAACCUGCACCGACGACGAGUUGCUCCGAAGCCUGAAACUGCACUUGAUGUCGACGCUGAGUUGGAGCUGAGUGUCAUUAUGAGAUGUUGUCUCCAAGUGCCUCCUUCGUGCAAGUCAAGUUCGAUGACAUCAUUUUCUACGAGAACUGCGGCGGUGGCAGCUUCGGAAGUGUGUACCGAGCCAGGUGGAUCUCCCAGGACAAAGAGGUGGCGGUGAAGAAACUGCUCAAGAUCGAAAACGAGGCUGAAAUCCUCAGCGUCCUCAGUCACCGGAACAUCAUUCAGUUUUAUGGUGCAAUUAUUGAGGCUCCAAACUAUGGAAUCGUGACUGAUUAUGCGCCCGGUGGGUCAUUGUAUGAUUACCUGUCCAGUGAUGAGAGUGACGACAUGGACAUGGGGCAGAUCAUGACAUGGUCUGCAGACAUUGCCAGAGGGAUGCACUAUUUACAUUCGGAGGCACCAGUUAAGGUGAUCCACAGAGACCUGAAGUCCAGGAAUGUUGUGUUAGCUGCAGACAAAGUUCUCAAGAUUUGUGAUUUUGGGGCGUCUAAGUUCUUGACCCACACGACACACAUGUCCUUGGUUGGCACAUUUCCCUGGAUGGCGCCAGAAGUCAUCCAGAGCCUGCCUGUGUCUGAGACCUGUGACACUUUUUCUUAUGGUGUGGUGCUUUGGGAAAUGCUCACCCGUGAGAUACCCUUCAAAGGCUUGGAAGGCUUACAAGUGGCCUGGCUCGUGGUGGAGAAAAAUGAGAGGUUAACCAUCCCGAGUGGCUGUCCUGCCAGCUUCGCCGAGCUCAUGAGCAACUGCUGGGCGACCGAGUCAAAAGAAAGGCCGAUCUUCAAACAGAUCCUCUAUACUUUGGAGUCCAUGUCUAAAGACAGCCAACUUCCUGAACAGUGCAACUCUUUCCUUCACAACAAGGCUGAAUGGAGGUGUGAGAUUGAAGCGACACUCGAGAGGCUCAAGAAGCUGGAGAGAGACCUGAGCACCAAAGAACAGGAGCUGAAGGAGCGAGAGCGUCGCCUGAAGAUGUGGGAGCGCAAACUCGUCGAACAGUCCAACACCCCGUUGCUGCCCACCCUUGACAUCUAUGCCUGGACUGAGGAGCAUGUGUUUUUCUGGAUGCAGCAAAUAUUUUGUGCAGGGGAAGGUGACUUGCAGCUGUACGCUGACUUAUUCAGAGAAAAUCACAUCACUGGGAAGAGUUUACUAUUGCUCACAGAAAACGACAUGCGGGACAUGGGGGUCAAGUCCAAGGGUCAUGUCAUGUAUCUGAAGGGUGAAAUUGAAAAGCUAACUAAUGAUUACCUCGGGCUCGUCCACUUCCCACCGCUAUUCAAGGAUGAGCUGGAAAAGCAGGUGGAACAGAGUAAAACGGUCAAUCUGGAGCUGGUGUUUGGGUACCACUGGAAACCAGGAACUGGGAAAUCUGACUGCAAAUGGAAAAUGUACAUGGAACUUGACGGAGAUGACGUCGCAGUAACCUACAUCAAAGAUGUCAUCUUUAAUGCCAACCAACAGGAUGCGGAAGUCCUGCGGAUGACUAAGCCACCUUUUGUGAUGGACAAAUGGAUCGUUGGAAUAAAGCAGAACCAGAGAGUGGACUACAUAGUCAAUUAUGAGAAUGAUGUCAAGUCACCAAAGUGUACCCGACACAGCUUUCUGGUGACGUGGAGCGUCAGUGGUGGACAAGACGAGAUAAAGACUGUGGAGCUGGUCAUCGAAACAGCACCGGUUAACAUCGACUGCAACCCCAGGGACAGGUCCAGCUUCGAUAUUGAUCCUAUAUGGAUGUACAACGUAAGGUUGAGGCAGAUGAUCUCCCAAAAAUCGCCGCAGCGGACGACUGCUCGUCCUGCCUUCACGAGCUCCGAUGCCCGCACUCUGCCUCAGUUCCUGUCUGCACAUGAAAGCCAAGAGUCCUCUUACGCCGCAGCUGUGCGUCGCUCUCCAAACCGCCUCCAAGUAUCGCGCUGGAUAGACUCGCGCAGCUCCUCGCCAACUGCCAGCCUGUCGGCCAAACUGUCAUCGCUCCAUCUGGGGUCAAAGGGCAGCAGUCCUUCCAGCACCACGUCAGAGAGCACCUCGGAGAGGGAGCGAGAGCGCCCGCUCAGUGCCGGAGUGGUGCACGACCACAGCAGAAGCUACCACUUUGGCAGCACAUUAACUGUGGGAACGGUUCAGACAAGGGGCCAUUCGGGGACCAACACUAGAGGCUACGUUCAUAAUAAAACCAGCAAAACCUCACAUCAGCCAGGGAGGCCACGGUCCAACAGUUACAGUGUCACAUCGUUGAACCGCCCACCCAUGAUACCAGGUAUAGUGUCCGUGACAGAAAACCCCAGUGAGGAUAAAGAAGGGGCCAAAGCCAGUGACGGAGGGUGGAUCAAAGUGGAGCGACAGAAAAGAUUACCACGUCAGGACAAUAAACAAGUCAGAGGUCGACAGAGGAGAGGCGGCAGGGGAGGGCGUGGUGCUGGUGGGAGAACUUAAUGUGGGCCACACAUGAACCGACAGCUUUGUGUAUGAUGAACAUGUCGUGCACUGAAAUGGUUUUACAUAUGGAUUAUGUCUACAUGCAUGCUAAAAAAAUGAAUUGCUUGUUGUAAGAGAAUCAAACUGAUGCUUUUGAUAUGUAUGCAUGAUCAAAUAAUGGUUUUAUUAUACACACUGGCUCUUGUCUGGUUAAUAUAAUAAGGAUAUGCUGUAAUUAUUUUUUUGAAAAAAUUGACAAUUCAGUCCCUGUUCUUUCUUCCAGCAAAUGGCAGACGGCGUCCAGUGAUUAAUAUGUACAUAAAAAUACGUCUAAUUAUUGCCCAGUUUCUCACAAGUAACUAAAUAUGAUGUUAUAAUGCCAUGACUCAAGGGAUAAAUUAAAUUUUCAGAUUCAUUUCUUCCAAACUAUUGUU